AUGGCGCCCUCAGCAAACCGCAAGCGCCCAAUUGAGGCCGAAACACGAGACCCAAGCGGCACCGAGGCAGAUGGCGCAUCACGACCCCCAAAAGCACCGCGCUUGUCCCAACCACAGCACCUCAACAAGCAACUCCCCAGUCCCCAGACUUCGCGUGCCCACAAUGGCGCCUCUAGCCAACGCAGCAUCGCCAUCGCCUCCGAUGAAGAUGAAGACGAGUCAGAAGGCGCAGGCCAAGCAAUCGGCCUAUCCCAGUCCUACGACGAAAGCACGCUGGCGCGAUACAUGCUCUACGGAACACUCAACACGAAGAUCGUCGGGUGA